GUCGAAGCUGGCGGGAAUUUAUUUAUUUGUUAUUGGGUUGAGACUUUAAUUCGUGCUUUGAAGAAACCUGCACUGUGACAGUGUAAAGUAGUGAAGUAUCAUAAAUAUUUGAUAAGGUUCAUAUAUACAAGUUGAAAAAUGCAUGCCUUUUUGAAAGGAGGGUCAGCUGUGCCAGCCAAAUCCAAAGACAAAUCUUCACUCCCAGGAACCAGUGACAAGCCGUCAAAACCGAAAAAACUCGUCCCAUGGGUAGAAAAAUAUCGACCGAGGACCAUUGAAGAUGUGGCCUACCAAGACGAGGUUGUUUCUGUUCUUAAGAAAUCAUUACAAGGUGCAGAUCUACCCAUGCUUCUGUUUUAUGGACCACCGGGAACAGGAAAAACCUCCACAAUCCUAGCUGCUGCGAGGGAACUGUUUGGAAACGACAUGUUUAAAGAUCGUGUUCUUGAACUGAAUGCCUCCGACGAGAGAGGCAUUGCUGUUGUUCGUGAGAAGGUGAAGCGUUUCGCCCAAUUAACAGCCAGCGGAACGCGCCCUGAUGGUAGACCUUGUCCUCCGUUUAAGAUCAUCAUUCUGGACGAGGCCGACUCCAUGACCGGUGCCGCUCAGGCCGCUCUGCGGAGAACUAUGGAAAAAGAGUCGAAAACAACGCGGUUCUGCUUGAUCUGUAACUAUGUGAGUCGGAUCAUCGAGCCCCUCACGUCGCGGUGCGCCAAGUUCCGCUUCAAACCGCUGUCCGAGGACAUCCUCAUGAAGAGGCUCAAAUUCAUCUGUGACAAAGAGAACGUCAAAUACGAUGAAACGGCAAUAACAGCAUUAAUUAACGUUUCCGAGGGCGAUCUUCGUAAAGCCAUCACUUACCUACAGAGUUCAUUCCGACUGAAAGGAGAGGAAAACAUCACUGAAAACGAUAUUUCAGAAAUAGCUGGGGUCUGUCCAGAGAAAGUCAUUCACAGGGUGUUGAAAGUUUGCCAGUCAGAUUCUUACGAUAAAUUAGACAAAACAGUUAAAAUGUUGAUCAAUGACGGCUACUCGGGGUCUCAGCUUCUUCUACAGCUCCAUGACGAACUCAUCUCCUCGGUCGAUCUAUCGGACAACCAGAAAUCGGUGGUAUUCGAGAAGAUGGCGGUGGUGGACAAGUGUUUGAUGGACGGGGCCGAUGAGUAUCUCCAGAUUAUGGCUCUACUCAGUUCUAUAAUGGACCAAAUGUGUCACGGAAAGUGAAACCAGCUCAUAAUGGACACUGUGCGAGUCGUCUCGGCUCCAGGAUGCACGCUGAGAGAAUGAAAUGGAAGCAUCUUAGUGCUAUGAAAUCGUAAAACUGUUGUAGGCUAUCAGGGCGAAAUGUUACCUGGACAUUGGGGACUACGCAGUGUUGUUAGUUUUAAAUCACUGGCAGGAUUCUGCAAGUAAGGUUUUGAUUGGUGGACAUGAGCUCCAACUGGCUGGUGUUAGAUCCACAUGUAAUAGUGGAGCUAAUUUGAAUUAGAUUGGGCCAUAGCUAACAGGGGAGCAUUUUAAAAAAAAUACUGGUUGUUGAUAUUGACGUUUUAUGUAUAUAAUCUCCCUGAAAUGGCUGCAAAAUGUAUUUCAGAGUCUCUAGAUUAAAAAAUGUCCUUACGGGAGCAUGCCCCCAGACCCCCUAGUGUCUUGUGCCUUCCAUACUCAUUCAUUCCAUGAAUUAAUCCACCCGCCUCCCAGCAAUGACAUUACUACAGCACAUGGCUUACGAUGGUCUUACGAUUUCAUAGUGCGAAGAUGGCUUCGAAUAUCGAAGUUGAGUGUAUGAAUAGUUGGGUCAAGUUUAAACAGACACACACGACAUUUCAAACUUGGAGGUAAUGGAAGCUAUUGUUACCCUGGAUAUUAGAAACAUUGAUGUAAUGGCAGUUAAAAAUGGAAGUUUGAUGUAAAUAAAAGCUCAGAAGUUUUGUUGCACUGGAUGUUUUGGUGUAAAUGAAAACAUUUGGUCACCAAAGAAAUUUUUAUCAACAGAAGUUUGACAUAAAUAAAAGUUGAAACUUUGA